UCUCCGCCGUAGCGGGCUGAGUGGCGGGGAGCGAGCGGGCUCCCGGCCACCUUCCCGCAACCCCAGCCGCCUUGAACCUACGCCCACCCUGCCAAUCACAGACAGCCGUCCCAACAGGCCGCUCAGAGACUUCCGGGGUCCUACCGGAACAGGAAGCCGGCCGCGCGAGAGGGGGUGGAGCUUAAAAAUCAAAAAAUGCGCGGCGGCAGCUGGAGGCUGAAGCUGGCUUGGAUCCGUGGUCGCUGACGGUCCGGCUCCUCGGGAUGGAUUCCACCGCCUGCUUGAAGUCCCUGCUCCUGAGCAUCAGUCAGUACAAAUCUGUUAAGUCGGAGGCGAACGCCACUCAGCUUCUGAGGCACUUGGAGGUAGUUUCUGGACAAAAGCUCACACGACUGUUUACAUCACAUCAGAUACUACCAAGUGAAUGCUUGAGCUGCCUUGUAGAACUUCUUGAAGACCCAAACAUAAGUGCUUCACUGAUCUUAAGUAUUAUCAGUUUGCUGUCUCAACUGGCUAUAGAUAAUGAAACCCGAGACUGUCUUCAGAAUAUAUACAAUCUGAAUAGUGUGCUGUCAGGAGUGGUUUGUCGGAGCAGCACUUGCCACAAUGACUCAGUGUUUUUACAGUGCAUUCAGCUGCUACAAAGGUUAACAUAUAAUGUCAAAUUUUUCCAUUCUGGUGCCCAUUUAGAUGACUUAAUUACAUUUUUGAUUGGUCAUAUUCAGUCUUCUGAAGAUGAGCUAACGAUGCCUUGUCUAGGACUACUGGCAAAUCUUUGUCGGCACAAUCUGUCUGUUCAAACGCAAAUAAAAACUUUGAGUAAUGUGAAAUCUUUUUACCGAACUCUCAUAAGCUUCCUAGCACACAGCAGUCUGACUGUGGUUGUAUUUGCACUUUCAAUAUUAUCCAGUUUGACACUAAAUGAAGAAGUGGGGGAAAAGCUAUUUCAUGCUCGAAACAUUCAUCAGACUUUCCAACUAAUAUUUAAUAUUCUCAUAAAUGGUGAUGGUACCCUAACAAGAAAGUACUCAGUUGACCUACUCAUGGAUCUCCUUAAAAAUCCUAAAAUUGCUGAUUAUCUGACCAGGUAUGAGCACUUCUCUUCAUGUCUUAAUCAAGUACUAGGACUUAUAAAUGCAAAAGACCCUGAUUCUUCUUCAAAGGUUUUAGAAUUACUUCUUGCAUUCUGUGCAGUGACUCAGCUGCGCCAUGUACUCAGUCAGAUGAUGUUUGAACAGUCUCCAGCUGGCAACAACAUUCUGGGAAGCCGUUCCAAGAGCUUAGAACCUAUUGCGGGUCUACUUCGCUGGUUAAGCCAACCCUUGGAUGGAUCUGAAAACUGUUCUGUGUUAGCAUUGGAGUUGUUCAAGGAAAUCUUUGAGGAUGUCAUUGAUACUGGUAACUGUUCGUCAACUGACCGUUUUGUGACCCUUCUCCUUCCUACAAUCCUUGAUCAGCUUCAGUUCACAGAACAAAAUCUGGAUGAGACCUUAAUAAGAAAUAAAUGUGAAAGGAUGGUCAAAGCCAUUGAAGUUUUAUUAACUCUGUGUGGAGAUGACGCUCUGAAAAUGCAUGUUGUAAAAAUAUUGACUACAAUAAAGUGCACCACACUUAUAGAGCAACAGUUUACAUAUGGCAAGAUUGACCUGGGCUUUGGAACAAAGGUAGCUGAUUCUGAAUUGUGCAAACUUGCUGCUGAUGUAAUUUUGAAAACUCUUACUUUGAUGAACAAACUUAAACAAUUGGUUCCUGGUAUGGAAGUAAGCUUCUACAAAAUCCUUCAGGAUCCACGAUUGAUUACUCCUUUAGCUUUUGCUUUAACAUCAGAUAAUAGAGAACAAGUCCAAUCUGGAUUGGGAAUAUUGCUGGAAGCUGCUCCACUGCCAGAUUUCCCUGCCUUAGUACUUGGAGAAAGUAUCGCAGCGAACAAUGUAUACAGACAGCAAGAAAUUGAGCAUCUGCCCAGGAAAAUGACUUUGCAGCCCUUAAAUCACUGUUUUUCAACAUCAGCAAAGUGCUUAACACCUCCUCUUUCAAAAGAGAAUGCCCCUGCAUUGAACAUUGAGGACCUCAUAGAGAAACUUCAGGCUGGAGUGAUGGUAAAGGAUCAGAUUAAUGAUAUAAGAAUAUCUGACAUAAUGGAUGUUUAUGAGAUGAAACUUUCCACAUUAGCCUCUAAAGAGAGCAGGUUACAAGAUCUCCUGGAAGCAAAAGCCCUGGCUCUUGCUCAGGCUGACAGACUAAUUGCUCAGUAUCGCUGUCAAAGAACUCAAGCAGAGACAGAGGCACGAACACUUGCGAGUAUGUUACGAGAAGUUGAGAGAAAAAACGAAGAGCUUAGUGUGUUGCUGAAGUCACAACAGCUCGAGUCAGAAAGAGCCCAAAAUGAUAUUGAGCAUCUCUUUCAAUACAAUAAGAAGUUGGAGUCUGUGGCUGAAGAACAUGAAAUACUGACAAAGUCCUACAUGGAACUUGUUCAAAGAAACGAAGCUACUGAAAAGAAGAAUACUGACUUACAGACUACAUGUGAAUCCCUGAGUAAACACAUUGAGACAAUGAAAAAGUUGAACGAGUCACUCAAGCAACAAAAUGAAAAAACUAUUGCUCAGUUGAUAGAGAAAGAAGAACAGAAAAAAGAAGUCCAGAGCCAGUUAGCAGACAGAGAAUGUAAACUAUCAGAUUUGCAUAAAAGAGCAAAAUCCCAAGAAGAAAAAAUUAAUGUUUUACAAAAGGAAAAGGAAGAUAAGCAGGAAACCAUUGGUGUCCUUAGAAAAGAAUUAAGCAGAACAGAACAGAUAAGAAAAGAGCUGAGUAUUAAGGCUUCCUCCUUAGAAAUGCACAAGGCUCAAUUAGAAGGUCGUUUGGAAGAGAAAGAGUCUUUGGUGAAACUUCAGCAAGAGGAGUUGAACAAACAUUCUCACAUGAUAGCAAUGAUCCACAGUUUAAGUGGUGGAAAAAUAAGCCCAGAAACUGUGAACCUUAGUAUAUAAACAUUCUGACUUUGGGGAAUUUGUACAUGGAUAUACUUUUCUUGUAUUUAUAUAUUGGAGGUGGCAGUAAAUGGAGGAAAUUGUGACUUCAAAACAAUUAUUUUUUUUCUAUCUAUUAACAGUAAAAGUUGUAAGUUUUAUUUAUUCUUUGGAAUAGAAUUUCUUUUUAGAUUUUGUUUUUUUUAAUGUUUACUCUUAUGUCUUAUAUAUUCUCACUUAUGAUUAUAGUUGUGGAUUACUUAAUAUCAACCAUGAAUGAAUGUACAUAAAUGUGCUUGUAAGUACUUUAUUCUGUGAACAUGCUAGACUAGACACACAGACGGUUAGGAAUACACGGUCACUAGGCUCUAUCGUCUUUUGGACUAUGGUAAUAAAAAUAUGAUCUAUCAUUGACCAAAAUAUUAUCACCAUCACCAAGUGAUAUAUUUGCUAAGUAACUUUCUUGAUACAGCAGUCUUGAAAGAUUAAUUAAGAUCAACUAGUUAAAAAAUGUUCUGAUACUAAAGAAAUUUCUCUCUAAAGUUAACAGAAAAUAGAUUGAAAGAACUUUAUUACUGCAUUUAAGAUGAAAUAAUAUAUAGCCUAAACUCUAAAUUUAGAAACAGUGCUCUAGCUAUCAGAAAUAAUGUUUAAAAAUAGGAAAGUAUCCAUUAUGUUAAAUGAUUUCAUAGUCUCCUAAAAUUAAAAAUGUGCAUAAUUAUUUGCAAUUUUCUUUUGUUUGGCUUUUGUUGUUGCUUUUUUUUUUUUUUAAGAUCUUAUAGAGUAACCUAAGGUGGCCUUUAAUUCUCUCUGGCUUUCUGUUUUUAUUUUUUGCUAUUGUUUUUUAAUUUUGUUUAAUUUAUAAAAUACAGUUUCUCUCUGAUCUUGAACUCACUAUGGAGCUCCUGUGUGUCUUAACUCAUAGUGAUCUCCUUCCUGCCUUGGCCUCCUAAGCACUAGGAUUGCUAGUGUGAUCUACUAUAUCACUAUAUAUUAUAUUACAAAAUAGAAUUAUUUCUUAAAAUGUUGUAUGUUGAAAGCCCAUCAUCGCUGUCAAGAGUAACUGGAUUUCUAUUCUAGCUAAUCAGAAAUGUUAUUUCUUGUAGUACAAUACACAUUUAAUGUAUAAGUAGUUUUCAAUUGAGACAUUGGAUUUUAAGCAGAAGUUAUGUAUCCUUGUUCUGGUAUUUCAUUCAUUCAAGUGAAUUUUUUAGUACUUUUCAUUUAAAUGAAGCAUAGGUGUGGUGUGUUUAGAAAACAUUUUAGAUCAGUACUUUGAUUUCCUUAUUAUGCCAUUACUCUACAUUCAUCACCAUAUAUGAUUUAAGUGAGCUUAGCUUUGCUUCUGUCUUUUUUUUUUAAAGAAUUUUUAUAUUUUAUGUAUAUGAGUGCACUAUAGCUGUCUUCAGACAUACUCUGGUGUGAGGGCAUUAGUUGCUGGGAAUUGAAUUCAGGACUUCUAGAAGACCAGUCAGUGCUCUUAACUGCCGAGUCAUCCCUCCAGCCCUUGCUUUUGUCUUUCAGUCAUAGAGAAUAUAAACUUGUGUUUAGAAAUUAAUCAUAUUUGCAUUUUAGUAAUUGCAUUAAGAAUUAUAGCUGGGAAGUGGUGGCACACACCUUUAAUCCCAGAACUCAGGAUUCCACAGUUAGAAUAAAAAGUUAAAGGGAAGUUAGUGAAUGAACCAUAAGUUCUAGGGACAAUAAAAUAAAACUAUACAAUAUCUCUAGGCACUGUGUGUGUGUGUGUGUGUACAUAUGUGUACAUAUACAUACAUAUAUAUGUAUAUACAUGCAUACAUAUAACCCCAGGUUACCCCAUAGAAUUAUGUGUGUGCUACCUAAUACCUAUUAGUUAUACAUUCUGUUGAACUCUUAAAAUGUGAUAUAUGGAGCUGAAAAGUUGGAUAUUUAGCUUGUUUUAAUAGAUACUGGGUAUCUAUUAUCUAUGGACAUUGUGAUAUGAGAUGAUCUACAAUAUUUUGGGCUGCAUUCAUAGAUAUCCUGGGUUGAAUGCUACCCAUGGGACCCAGGUUAGACUUGCUUAAUGGUUCAUUUUGUUUCCUAUAGUUUCAGUUACAAUAAUAAAAUUUUAUCUGAAAAAUAGAAGUAAUAAUGCAAAGUUUUAAAUAGCACGAGUCUGAGUUGAUAAAAUUUUCUGUCUUCCCACUCUAUUGUGGAUUAUGUAUCAUCUCUUUACCAUCAUGUCUCUACUACAUAUUCUACUUGUAAUAUGGCUACAUACUAUUCAACCCAGUUAUCAGAUUAUGUUCUCGGGUACUAAAGUGCUGUAUUUAACUAACCCUUAUUUUAUAAUACUUAAUAAUGGCUCUAAAACAUAUAAAAGUAGUCAGCUUAGAUUAUUAUACCACACAUAAAGGAAGUAGGAUAAGUACAAUACUAUUUUAAGAUGAAUACUAUAAUUAAAUGACUCUCUACAUGACCUUUUUAUAAUUACUGUUUUUUUUAUUGUUGAUUGUUAUUUCCUCUUAGUACCUUAUUUAUAAAUUAAGCUUUUAUACCUAGAUACAGUGCUGUGUGCCUACGACUCUCACACCUUGAAAGCGGAGAGAGACAGGUGGAUUACAAGUUUAAGGUCAAUCCAGCUACACAGUUAGGUUUUAUUUUACAUAAGGAUGAAAUGUUGGAGGUUGGUAGAAUAGGAGUUAGCUAAAUUUUAUAAUAUGUGUUUUGUUUCUGGUUCUGUGUACCUCACAUUUUAAAACCAAAAUAUAUGUGUGUGUGUAUGUGUGUGUGUGUACAUGCACACAUAAAUACACAUACACACUUUUCUAUAAAGUUUUUAAUCAGGUUCAUACUAUUUUACCAUAGUUGAGGAUUUAGACUAUGUAUACCAUGACCCAAAGAAAAUAACAAAACAAGAAAUAAAUUACAAAUUUUACACAAA